AUGACAACUAAUUCUCCAAACGAACCAACAGGUGUAAGACCAAAACAUAACGAUACCACCACCAUUUCCACUACUGGAGUUACUACAGCAUUAAAUCAAACUACUUCUCGUUAUAGGAAAAACGAAAACAACAGUGUUAUUAGUAAAGACAGUUCCACAUUUGCAUAUGUUGUUAAUAGAUCCAAAAGUGUACUUAAAAAAUACGGAUCAUUUGUUGGUCCGGGAAUGUUAAUCAGUGUUGCUUAUAUGGAUCCUGGUAAUUAUGCAACAGGGAUCACUGCUGGGGCAUCCAAUGAAUAUUCUUUAUUAUUCAUUGUGUUUUUAUCUAAUGUCAUUGCUAUAUUUUUACAAAGUCUUUGUAUAAAAUUAGGUUCAGUGACAGGGUAUGAUUUGGCUCGUUGUUGUCGAGAAUAUUUACCCAAACAAUUAAAUUGGGUCUUGUGGUUUUUGGCUGAAUGUGCCAUCAUUGCCACUGAUGUUGCUGAAGUCAUUGGGUCGGCCAUUGCUUUGAAUAUUUUGUUGAAGAUUCCGUUACCUGCCGGGGUAGUAAUCACUAUUAUUGAUGUGUUGUUUGUUCUUAUGGCAUAUCGUGCUGAUACUUCUCUGAUGAAGUUUGUUAAAAUUUUUGAAUAUGCAGUUGGAGCAUUGGUUAUGGUUGUGGUUGUUUGUUUUGCUGUUGAAUUGUCGCAAAUACAUGCUAGUGCAAAGGAUAUUUUCCGGGGAUUCGUUCCUUCAAAACAAAUGUUUGAUGGUAAUGGGAUGACCAUUGCAACUUCUAUCAUUGGAUCUACCGUGAUGAUUCAUUCGUUAUUUUUGGGUUCUGGAUUAGUUCAGCCUCGAUUACGGGAUUUUGAUGUCAAACAUGGAUAUGUAAAUUUGGAUGAUAUUGUCAACAAAACUGAUCAAUCACAAUUACCAGUUAUCGAAUCAUCAACGAUAACAACACCAACAACUAUACAAUCAGAGAAAAAGAAUGACAACAGUAAUGUCAAAGUAUCAAUGUAUGAAAAAGAAGCUGAUUAUUUUUAUCAUUAUUAUAAACCAUCCUAUCAAUCGAUUAAAUAUUCCUUAAAAUAUUCUAUAAUAGAAUUGACUAUCACUUUAAUUACAUUGGCCCUUUUUGUCAAUUCAGCAAUUUUGAUAGUCUCAGGGUCAACAUUGUACGGUACAGAAGAAGCCAUAGAUGCUGAUUUAUACACCAUUCAUGAUUUAUUGAGUCGUUCAUUAGCACCAGCCGUCGGUACUAUUUUCAUGGUGGCAUUAUUGGCCAGUGGUCAAAGUGCCGGUAUAGUAUGUACUAUUGCUGGACAAAUUGUCAGUGAAGGACAUAUCAAUUGGACAUUAAAACCAUGGUUAAGACGAUUAGUGACAAGAGGUAUUUCUAUUAUCCCAUGUUUGAUUAUAUCUGUUUGUAUUGGAAGAAAUGGAUUAGGUAUAGCUUUAAAUAUUUCUCAAGUGGUUAUAUCCAUUUUAUUACCUCCAUUGACUGCUCCUUUGAUUUAUUUCACUUGCUCUAAAAAAAUCAUGAAAGUGCAAUUAGAUGAAAAUGAUGAAGUUGAUGGUGUUGCAGAAGAAGAAGAAGCGAACGAUCAAGAAACUAAUGGUUCUACCAAAAGAUACAAAUAUAUGACAAACAAUUGGAUUACUUCAAUUGUUGCUGUUGUGAUUUGGUUUUUUGUUUCCACAUUGAAUGUUUAUGCAAUUUACGAAAUGGCAAAGAAUGGUGUAUCUGGAUAA